AUGUCUUCGACGGAGUCCCACGACGACAAAUCCAUAACCUCGACUCACCACCACGAGAACAUCUCGCGCGUGCAAAUAACAGGCGAAGGCCAAGAGUUUGUCAUUAUCAACAACCGCAAAUACUACCGCCAUGACCUCAUGAAAGCGUUUGGCGGGUACCUCAACCCAGGCGUAUCGCCCUACCCCGAAAUCAACAUCAACCCCGCGCCCUUGGGGCUCUGCGCGUUUGCACUCACGAAUCUCGUGAUAUGCUUAUAUAACGCACGAGCAAUGGGGAUCACGAUCCCAAACGCCAUUGCCGGGUUGGGAUGUUUCUACGGCGGAGGAAUCCAGAUGCUUGCUGGCUUUGGCGAGUUUUGGACGGGCAACACUUUUGCUUUCACGGCGCUCACUUCGUAUGGCGCGUACUGGAUAUCCUACGCCGUGUUAUUUCUCGACAGCUUUGGCAUUAAGCAAGCCUAUGAAGGAACUGGUCAAUGGGAGCAAGCACAGGCACUAUUUAUGCUCCCCUGGGUCAUUAUAACGUUUUUGUUGUGGUUAAACACGUUAAAGUCCACGGUGGCGUUUUCCGGGUUGUUUUUCUUUUUGUUGAUGACGUAUAUCUUGUUUACUGCCGGUUUGAUGACUGGCAAUUUCGGAUGCACUCGAGCUGGGUCGGUGAUGGGCGUCAUCACGUCUACUUUUGCUUGGUGGAAUGCGUUUGCUGGGGUUGCUACUCCUUAUAACUCGUAUUUCUUGUUGCCUAGUAUCCCCAUGCCUGAUAAUACUUUUCUCAAAUUGAAAUGGUUCAAGCUGUGA